UGCUAGUACUAUUUAGGAAGCAGAACAGACAAAACCUUGUCUCUUUGAUGGACAAAACCUGAAGCUUUUAGAGAGAGAGAGAGUUACAGUUUGGAAACUGGAAGUGAUGAAAACCUUGACGAGUUCUUGCUCCAAGGCAAUCAUUGACAAGCAUAGAGAUAAAGGGUUGUCUUGUUUUAAUGAUCUUUCUCUUAACAGAGGUGAAGUAUGCUUGUUCCCUUCCAAAAAGCUAGUGAGAAUCCGGCUCUUGCGUUUGCUUUCUGUGCAACACAGGCCCCUGCAGCCUGUUUUGUCAUCUUCUUCCUUGUCACCAGACUCACAGGUGGACUUUGAGACAGCAGAAACUCAACCUGCAGAAGAAAAUCCAUCAAAGACUGUUCAUGUCAAAUUCCAGUUACAGAAAGAGUGCUCCUUUGGGGAGCAUUUUUUCAUUGUAGGGGAUCAUCCUAUGUUAGGCAUAUGGGAUCCUGAGAGUGCUAUUCCACUGAAUUGGUUAAAAGGACAUGUUUGGACUGUAGAGCUGGACAUACCUGUUCGAAAAUCAAUCCAGUUCAAAUUCGUUCUGAAAACAAGCACUGGGAACCUUUUGUGGCAACCGGGCCCUGAUCGGAUAUUUAAAUCCUGGGAGACUGAGAAUACAAUCAUCGUUAGUGAAGACUGGGAAGAAGCUGAAUAUCAGAAAUUAAUUGAGGAAGAACCAUCAGCUAAUCAAGAUGGACCUGUUCUUGAUUCAGAGAUGGCAAUUGUUGCAGAGAACUUGACACCUCCAAAGGAAGUAUUAGUUUCUGACAUGGAGCUGGUUUCAGAAACUGAUAGUAUCACCAAUCUAGAAAAGGAGCCAUUACAAGCAUUUUCUGAAGAACUAGCCACUAGCAGUGGUGCUCCUUCACUAGAGGAGCCCUUGGCCAUUGUUGCAGAGAAUAUUAGUUACCCAACUGAAAAUUUCGUAGCGAAUGUAGAUAAUGUAGUGCUCGGUGUGAAGAGAACUGACUACCCCAAUGAUGAAGCUUUGGCUACUUCAAAUAAGAAUCAUUUGGUAGCAGAGGACCUUGGAAAUAUCGGCAGAGUAGAAACAGUCCAGAACCCAGCAACUGCAGAUGUUGAGGGAAAUCUGGUUGUACAUGAAGGUAGUCCUGUUCUGGUACCUGGCUUGACUCCAUUAGAUACAGUGUCAACUGAAGAAGCAAAUUUGGAUGAAUAUGAGAAGAAUAGUAUUACUGAGGCAUCAAUUGAAGUUAAUGAAGCUAAUUAUCAGAAAAUGCCAGAGUUGGAUGAGAAGCAAGAACCUGAAGGUGAACCACAGGAAGAAAAACCAACUGCAGUGUCCAAGGAUGAGGAGGAACCUACUGCAGUGUCCAAGGAUGAGGAGGAACAGCUUGAUAACCGACACAUUCAGAGUCCCCAACUAGCCAGAGAACAGCGUGAUCCGGAUCCUUUUCAAAGUGAUGUCCAGUGGGGUCGUAAAACACUUAAGAGGCUUCUGAACAGUUUAAGAUUUCUAUAGCUCAUCUAGACUAAAACAAGCCUGUUUCCUCCCUGUUUCAUUGGUUUUAACUUCUAAAAGUGGCCUGGAAAAUAAAGUAGCAGGGUUAGCCAUGGUUGUGCUGUUACUAUGUACAUACAAACUCUGCUUCCUUUAUUCUGUUGUUAUGUAUUCUACUAUGUGAGGAUCCCUGAAUUUUGUAUCUGUUUCACAAUGUACUGUAUUUAUACCAAGAGAUCAUUUACGUAUUCUCAUAGUAGGACUGCUGCUACAGUUCCAUUAGGGUCAUAUCCUGAUGUUCUUAAAUCUCAGUUCAAAGGUUCUGUUCGUUUUUUAUC